AUCUUUUUUUUAUUCGAGCCUUUAAACCUUACUUCACGUAAAUUUCGUGUCAAUAAAACGUGUCCCCGUUAAUCGAAUGUUUUUUGAUCAUCCAUUUGAUAGAAAUGAUUAGGAAAUGAAAUCCAUCUCUAUUGAAACCGCUAUAUCGUUUAUGGCAAAUUUUAGUCGGACGAAGUGAUGAACAAUUAAAUGGAGCUUUGAUUAAGCUUCCCUUCUCUUCGAGUGGCUAUCGGCGACCUCCUGCGACCCGGAUUCAUUUCUUCGAGAUCGUCUCAAGGUAAUGGGCGACGGUGCAUGCAGCGAUACGUAAAUUCUAACUUUUUUUUUUAUUUGAUCGUGGUAAACGUAUCGCCCGCGCAACGUUUACCGCUGCGUAUGCGAAUGUAAAGCGAUAAUGUGAAGGCUAUAAAAGCCAGAUAAGAGACAUUCGCGAGUCUUCCUACUCGCGAAGACCGCGAGCUGUCAGUCGUGCGUCGAUCGUUAGUCGUUACUCAGACGUACUGGUGUCAGAUAAGAAAUUUUACUUGCGUGAGUGGCCGUCCCCGCGUCCGGUUCUCCAUUCGCAACGUUUUCCACUCGCGGAGCCCGGAAGAAGUCAGGACAUAAAUAUCUAUCAGAUUUAAAAGAAGAAGAAGCAUUCUUAUUUUCCACGACGAAGACAUGGCAGCGACCGAUACGUGCAAGAUCAAGUCGACGACCAAGAGCAUAAGCCGCAGAAAUGUUCCCAUAAUUCACGUUCGAGGAACGCAUUACGAAAUUGGCUUUGAUAUCGGACGCACCUUCGCCAAGAUGAUCCAGGAUUUCGUGGACAUCUAUAAACCGCUGAACGAGGAAUAUCUGCCCGUAUUCGCAACUGAGCAGGGCAAGAAGGUUUAUAACGAAACCCUUGAUGCAGUCAAGAAACAGUUUCCGCAGUAUGUGAGGGAGAUCGAGGGGACGGCGGAUGGCGCAAACGUGCCGUUUCACAAACUGUUUCUAAUGCAUCUGGAUGACAUUCUUCCAAAUGUUACUGGAAUGCAGGGAAAUGCACUUCCAGUCGGUUGUUCAACUAUUAUAUGCAACAAACCGGGACAUGAGAUCUUAGGUCAUAAUGAGGAUGCUGUUAGGGAAACAUUGAACCACUGGUACAUUGUGAGCGCUCACGUAAUUGAGAAGGGCUACAAAGAGGAAAAGUUCACGUCACUGAGUUACGCUGGUUUCCUGCCGGGUUACACAAUGGGCUACAACCACCACGGUCUCGUUUACAGCAUCAAUACCCUCAGCGCGGCGGUCCUGCGAUCCGGCAAGACUCCGCGAUACUUCAUUACGCGAGCGUUGCUGGGCGUGGCGAACUUUGUGCAGGCGCAACAGACCUUGAGGAACGAGGGUUACGGCGCGGCGGAGGGCUUCUCGGUGAACAUGACGUUCCUCGCACAAGAGGGCGACCGGAUGUUUCACAACGCCGAAGUGGGUCCGGCUGAGAUCGACGCAAACCGGUCGCAACUCAGCAUCCUGACCGUCAGUCCGGGCGAGAAUAUUUCGCAUUGCAACAAAUACCUACAUCUGAAGGUGGCGGAAGUGGAAGGACGUAUUAUACAGAGCAGUAUCAGGAGGAUGGAAGCGAUUUCGAAGCAUCGGCCGGCUGAGUCUCGGCAGGAUGUAAUCGACAUACUUAGCGAUCAGACGGGCAAGGAUUACAGGGUCUAUCAAGAUUUUGGCAGCGAUGAUGAUGCAAUAAAGACAAUUGCCACUGGCAUCUUCGACUGCAUCGAGCGUACGUGGUCCAUUUACACAGACGUCCCACAGUUCAACGAACCAAUAGUGGUGAUACCUAUGCAGCUUCGUGACUUCGCGACUCCACAAAACGGCAAAGCAAGAAAAUAAUAUAUUUUCUUUUUAUCUCGCACGAAUCGCGAAAAUGUAAUGUUUUAAUAUUUAAUACAUAGAUGUACUUUUAAUUCAUCAGCAUAGACGUAACACAAUAACCCUUUUUAGGUUGCGGUGCAUUGUCUUAAGAUCCCUUCAUUAUUAUAUAAGAAUCCUCGUUAUAUAUGAGCGAUCGAUUCAUAUCUUGAUUCCGAUCAUUAUCCUAUAUAUACAUCUAUUUUAUUACGAGAACGAUUGUAGAUGUGUGAAUAAAAAAAUGUGAGUAGAAAAGUAUAAGAGAUAAAAUUAUAGCUGGUCUCUGGAACAAUAAAUUGGUGCACACGCACUUUGUAAUGAUUGUAACAUUCAGUGCCUUAUUAGGCAAAGGGAAUAAAAGUGUUCGCUGUUGUUUCG